AUGGAGAAUGCCAUGCCCAUGUACCGUGUGGCGAAUUCAUCGAAAGCGCCUCUCAAGAAGGAGCUCUCGACGAAGCAGGCGGUUAGCGGCCUUUCGAGUCGUGGGACAGGGACAGCGGAAGCCCCGAUCAAGAAGGAGCUUCCGACAAAGCAGGGUACGGAAUCUGCAGAAAAAGCAGAGGCCGCGAAAGCUGCUUCAGUCCCGAUCAAAAAGGAGCGCCCGACGAAGCAGGGCACGGAAUCUGCAGGGAAAGCAGAGGCCGCGAAAGCUGCUUCAGUCCCAAUCAAAAAGGAGCUCCUGACCAAGCUCGGCACGGAAUCUGCAGGGAAAGCAGAGGCCGCGAAAGCUGCUUCAGUCCCGAUCAAAAAGGAGCUCCCGACGAAGCAGGGCACGGAUUCCGCAGGAAAAGCAGAGGCCGCGAAAGCUGCUUCAGCCCCGAUGAACAAGGAGCUCCCGACGAAGCAGGGAACGGCAUCUGCAGGGAAAGCACAGGCCGCGAAAGCUACGUCAGCUCCGAUCAAAAAGGAGCUCCCGACGAAGCAGGGCACGGAAUCUGCAGGGAAAGCAGAGGCCGCGAAAGCUGCUUCAGUCCCGAUCAAGAAGGAGCUCCGGACAAAGCAGGGCACGGAAUCUGCCCUCGCAAAGGAGCUCCCGACGAAGCAGGGCACGGAAUCUGCAGGGAAAGCAGAGGCCGCGAAAGUUGCUUCAGCCCCGAUCAAAAAGGAGCUCCCCACGAAGCAGGGCGAGGAAUCCGCAGGGCAAGCAAAGGCCGCGAAAGUUGCUUCAGCCCCAAUCAAAAAGGAGCUCCCGACGAAGCAGGGCACGGAAUCUGCAGGGAAAGCGGAGGCCGCGAAAGUUGCUUCGGCCCCGAUCAAAAAGGAGCUCCCGACGAAGCAGGGCACGGAAUCUGCAGGGAAAGCAGCUGCUUCGACAGCUACGGCAGCUCCGAUCAAGAAGGAGCUCGAGAAGAAGCAGCGCACGGAAUCUGCAGGGAAAGCAGGUGCCGCGAAAGUUGAUUUAGCCCCGAUCAAAAAGGAGCUCGCGACUGUUUCCAUGAAGCAGCAAAUGAUGCCAAGCAGCAAGAAAUCAAGGUCUGCCUUGCAUGGUGGCAGUGCUGCCAAGACUGAGAAGGCUGUCAAGAAAGCACAAAAGAAGAAGGUUGGAACGGAUGCAGAGCCUGCGAAGCGCAAGCGGCAGAAGACGUCGACUGUCCCAGGUAAUUCGCUCGGUGCUCCCGGAAUUACCACCUCUGGAUACGCGCAGCCUGGAGGUUUCGGGGAUGGUUCGUGGGGCCCAGCCCCGGCUUUAUCCUCAAUAAAGAAGCGACAGCGAGCUGCAAAGACAGAGGCAGACGUGAUUGCGAAAGAAGCAUCCAGAAACGCCCUGCAUGAUGAUCAUGAUGCCAAUCAGGCCGCAGAAGAGGAGCUCUUCGCCCAGGUCCCCGUCCCGGCUGCAAAGCGACGUCGCACAAGAGCAGGCCCAGGAAUGUGCUGUGGCUGUGGCCAGAAGCUGCCGGAGGGUGCGCUUGCCUACGACAGAUCGGACCGAGAGAAAGGCUCGGCCUACUGCGAGCCCUGUUCUGAGCAGCUUCGGAGCCAAAGGAGCUUGGUGAGAAUUGGUGAUUUUGCAUGGUGCAAAGAUCCACAAUCGCGGGGAGCAGACGCCUCGGCUCAUUGGCCGGCCGUUUGCUUGCACCUCGUUUUCUCAUCAAAGGACGAGAAGAAGCCUUAUGUGGUGCAGCUUGUCCGGCCAAACUUUCCUGAGCAACAAAUUCCUGCGCAGCGCGUAAGACAGCGAGAUGUGGUGCCAUGGGAGGAUGCUGUGCUCAAUGCCAGCAUUGAGAGACUCGCCAAGGGGCGUAAACGCAAGCGAGCUGUUGAUUUGGCGGCCGCUUUACGACUGGCAGGAGCGGCUGGAGCCAAUCUCACGUCGGCCAUGACGUCUUUGAGCACGAUGAGGAAGUGCAGGCCCAGAUGCGUGAAAGCUUCGGACUCACUAGGCGCGAGAGGUGUCUGGUGGAUGUCACCACUUCGCCCAAGCCGUCGAGCUCCUGCGGGACCAUUGAAGCAAAGACCCAAGAGAAUGCAGGGCCUCGAUGCCUCGGAGGGUCGAAAGAGAGCCACAUCAGCAGACCUCGAGAUUUUGCAGCGUGAACUUGAUGCAGCCAGCCAGUAUGAGAAGGAGUUGCAAGCAAGGCACGCCCCGACCACAAACGAGUUGUCUGGUCUGUUGUGGCUGAUGCAAACAGGACUCAAGGUCUCGGAAAGCUUACUGUAG